AUGAACAAUUUUGGCGGCAAGUUGCCAGAAUACAUCGGUAAUCUCUCGAGAAACCUUGAAUAUUUGUAUGUAGACCACAAUCAGAUAUUCGGAAGCAUUCCACCAGGGAUUGUAAAUCUUGUUGGCUUGCAGAGUUUGCUUAUGCAGGUUAAUCAACUCACUGGUACUAUUCCAAUUGAGAUUGGAAAGGUUCAAAAUUUACAUGAAUUAAUUCUCUACAGCAAUUCAUUGCCUGGUAGCAUUCCAUUUUCCUUAGGAAAUCUAAGUUUGUUAGGUGAACUUGAUUUGGAAAGCAAUAAUUUUCAGGGAAACAUUCCUCCGAGCCUAGGGAAUUGUAGAACCUUGCAAUUGUUGUUUCUUUCUCAAAACAACCUUAAUGUGUACUUGGAGAGCUUUAAUUUGUUGCAGAAUUUGAAUCUAUCUUUUAAUAAUUUUGAAGGUGAAGUACCAACACAAGGUGUAUUUAGUAAUGCAAGUAAAAUAUCAGUAGUGGGAAACAGUAAGCUCUGUGGGGGGGUUGCUGAAUUGAAGCUACCUAAAUCCACUAAUGGCUUUUCAUCUUUCAAUUUAAUCGGUGUUGGUAGUUUCGGGUUUGUGUACAAAGGAGUUAUUGAUGGAAGAAUUGUCGCUGUGAAGGUACUCAACCUUUUGCGACAUGGAGCUUCAAAGAGUUUUGUAUCCGAAUGUGAGGCCUUGAGAAACAUCAGACAUCGAAAUCUUGUCAAAGUGCUAACAACAUGUUCGACAGUAGAUUAUCAGGGUCAUGACUUCAAGGCCCUGAUUUAUGAGUUCAUGGUCAAUGGGAGCUUUAAGGAGUGGUUACAUCGAAAUCCCAAUGAAGAUUUAUCAAAUGAAGAGUUUAUGAAGUUAAAUCUUUUUCAAAGACUAAAUAUUGUCAUUGAUAUUAUUUGUGCACUAAAUUAUCUUCACAACGAGGGUCAAACACCAAUAGUUCACUACGAUCUUAAGCCAAGCAACAUUCUUCUGGACAAAGAUAUGACUGGGCAUGUAGGUGAUUUUGGAUUAGCAAAAUUCCUUGCAGACCAUGCCACCCAUGGCUUGUCUACAAGUGAAACAAGAUCUAUUGGCAUAAGGGAAACAAUAGGUUAUACUGCUCCAGAAUAUGGUAUGGGAGGUGAGAUCUCGGCAUAUGGUGAUAUAUACAGUUUUGGUAUCCUCGUGUUAGAAAUGUUUACUGGGAAAAGACCCACCGAUGAAAUAUUUAAAGAUGGUUUAAGCCUCUAUAGCUUUGUGAAAGAGGCUUUGCCUGGCUAUACAUCAAACAUUUCGGACCCAAUACUUUUUCAGACCGAAGGAGAAGAAGAAGAAUACUCCAUAAGGAGUGAAAAGAUUGUGGAGUGCUUGAGUUUGAUACUUGAAAUUGGUGUCAAUUGCUCUUAA